CGGCAAGAUGGAGGGCUCCGUGUCGGACGUGGAGGUCUGUAACCUGGCCUAUGGCGGGCGCCUGGACGAGCUGCGUGACCGCCUGCAGCGCGACCGCGCGCUGGCCACGCGCCCCGACCAGGACCGUCGCACCGCGCUGCACUGGGCCUGCUCCGCCGGACACGGCGCCGUUGCCGACCUCUUGCUCGGCCUCGGCGUGCCCGUGGGCGACAAGGACGACGCCGGCUGGACCCCGCUGCACAUCGCGGCCUCGGCGGGCCGGGAUGAAAUCGUCAAAGCCCUCAUCGACAAGGGGGCGCAGGUGAACGUCACCAACCAGAACGGCUGCACGCCCCUGCACUACGCCGCCUCCAAAAACAAGCAGGAGAUUGCAAUUAUGCUUUUAGAGAAUGGAGCUAACCCAGAUGCAACAGAUCAUUUUGAGUCCACCCCACUACACAGAGCGGCAGCCAAAGGAAACCUGAAAAUGAUACAGAUACUUCUGCGGCACAAUGCGUCUGUUAAUAUACAGGACUCAGAAGGGAAUACUCCUCUUCAUUUAGCCUGCGAUGAAGAAAGAGUGGAUGAGGCAAAGCUGCUGGUGUCUCACGGUGCAAGUAUUCACAUUGAGAAUAAAGAAGAACUGACCCCACUGAAAGUGGCCAAAGGUGGCCUGGGAGCCAUACUUAAGCGAAUGGUCGAAGGCUAGUGGGGACUUCGCACUUGACUCUUUCCUGUUGCACUUAAGACUGGAAGCUUCGUAUUUUCAGUGUUCAACUAUGCUGUCAUAUAUGAGCAUCGCCAUGAUAAUAAAACGUGUACCUCGAUUUCUUCAACUCCGCUGCCCAAACAGCCACUUGUGAUCUGUUUAAUUGACAGAAGUACUGCUUUUAAAGUAUUUUUUCCAGUAUCUUGCAGUUUUUUGAUUUACAGUAUGAUCUGUAUUAAUUAGGUCAUUUCUUCUGUUUUCAGAGCCUCAUGUAAGAUUGUGCCUCUUGAGCAACAGAAUCAAAAAUGCUUUAACCUCUUAAAACAAGUUUUUAUUAGGGAAACUUAUUCUAGAGUUGACUUUGCAUUCCCUUAAUCUCUGUGUUUGCUCGUUUUUAUAGGUGCUGAUUACUUUCCUUCAGAUGAUUCUAAAUUACUUUUCUCGCUUUAUAGUACGCUGUUGGCACAGGUACUUCUAGUUCUGCCUAUUUUUACUCUUGUCAGUCUUUUGGGCUGAGCCCUUUACACUUUUCUCUUAUCCCUUCCUAUCUUGAUUCUGCGAAUCUUUAAGUAUAUUCAUUUAAUGGACUGCCUGCAGGAUGUAGGUGGAGUUUCAUAGUUAGGAUUCUGCUGCAUAAUAAUAUGCUCUAGAAACUUUCCAGAAGUAUGCCUUGCAUCUUACUGUACUUCCUGUUUUCUUUUCUUAUAAAUACCUCUUUCAUUGCUACUUGACUCCCAUUAUGUAGUACCGAGACUUCUACGUGGUUUACCUUUUUAUUUAAUAGCUGAAGCCUAUGGUAAUCCUUAGUCGAGCCAAAUAUUGCUAUUAAGCUAUGAAAAUUAGAGUGUUUUUGACUGUAAUAAAUUGAUAUAAAAUCAGAUGCAUUUUAUAAGCUUUACUCUUCUUUAUGACCUUUACCAUAAUCUUUACAUGACUCAACCUGAUAGACUCUUACUCAAAAUUUUGUUUCAGCGUUGUAACAUUUGUGCAGUGAAAACUUUUGCAGCAGUUACAGGAGAAAUUGACACCUACAGUGAUAGUAAAGCCUUCUCUUUAAUCAUCUGCCUUUGAAUUUUCCACGUUAUUAAUGCUUUUAAAAAUCUAAAGUUGGAAGAAACACCUCUUAAGUACCUGGUAAGUCACAACUGUGGGGAAACCUCUCCUCUGGAAAAGUCUUUCUUUUCAGAGGAUAGUAAGAGCUCUAAACUCUAGAGCCGAGUUUUCUUGAAGCAGUAAGGAAACUGAAGAUCUUUUUUCUGAAGAAAGAGUAAGCAUCUUGUUUUGAGAAUGAUGAAAAUGUUUUCCUGCUGUUGGUGCUUCAGGCCAAGCUGAGAUUUAAGGGAAAAAGCAGGAUUGUAGAUGACUUGCUGUAGAACUCUCCCAAAACUUGUUCAUGGGAAUCAAAUGGAAAGUAAACAUCAUUACACAUAGGUUCUUAGCACAUAAUUUGCCAGAGAAUUUUUUUUUCUACCUCU